GUCUCUAGCCGGCCGUCGAUUGGCGCCAGUGGACGGCACGGAUUUGUUAUCUAGGGUUGUGUGACGGGGGAGAGAGCGCUAGGGUUUAGUGCGCUGUGGCAUGACGAGCUGGUCUAGGCGAGCGCUGGAUCCCGCCGGGGCUAGGAAAGGGCUCGGCUGAAUGAUUUCCACUCGCGCUUCUGCUCGCGAUGACGCUUCUUCGCGGGAGGAUGGGCUAGCGGUGGAUUUUGUCCGAUGGCGCCGAGCAAGAAGCGAGGCAGGAGCUCGUCGAUUGCCGCUGCCGCUGCCGCCGAAUGGAGCGUGGGGGAUUUGGUGCUGGCAAAGGUGAAGGGAUUCCCGGCAUGGCCGGCCCAGGUGAGCAAACCAGAGGCAUUUGGUCAGCAUCACAAUCCGGCCCGCGUGUUCGUGGUCUUCUUUGGAACUAAGCAGAUACGAUUUUGCCAUCACUCCGAGAUCUCGAAAUUCACUCCGGAGGCCAAAGCUUCGCUCGUCGCUAAAGCCCACUCGAAGUGUACGCCGGCCGACCUUCGCCUUGCGGUGAGUGAGAUCUGUGACGUAGCCGAGAAGGUAGAAGUAGGCUCGGGAGAUGGAGAUAUGAAUGGUAGAAGCGGGAUAGAGUUUAGGGAGCUAGAAGAUGGCGAGGCUAGUUGUGUAAUGGAUCUAGGUGGUAAGCUUGACGUAGAGGGGCAGGCAGGGAAUGGGGGGACGUCAGAGAUGGAGGACUACGAUUUAGGAUGGGGAUCAGGUAGCUCGUUGGAUGGGAAUUCGGACGAUGAUACGACUCCGAAAGGAAUUGUGCUGCACGAGAAGGUCCAGACGAAUUUCGCUUCGCACGAAGAGCUCGACACCUUUGACAGUUUUGACUUCUUCAACGAGGAGGUUGUCAAUGUACCUUCUACCGUGCGAGCGGACAAGAAGAAGGCUGGUAAGGCUGAGAAGCCCGCAAAGCAAAGGACGCCCGCGAAGUCUAGGAAGUCAGCACCUGUAAAUUCUACGACGCCUGUAUUCCCUCCGAAUUUUUGUCGGAAGAAGAGGAAGCAGAUGACUGUGAAAGCAUCUACGCCUCGAGGAGUGGUUCGGAAAGAUGAUAAUAGCGACGAGGACCACGCUACGCCACCAACCGCAGAUGAGUUUCAAGAGUACACGUUUAGGCGGAAGGUUACGUUGAAGAAGAGGCUUCGACCGGCUUUUGAAUCAAGGUCCGCGGAAACAGACUCUGAUCACAACAAAGAUAAGCCGGACACUUCUAACGAGACGUCUCCAAUCACUCAAGAUCCUGAUAGUAAUCUACCUAUCGUGAAGAGAGCCAGAGCUAGAGCUGCGAAGGAACCAGCGAUUGAUAAGCACAGCGAGGAAGAGGAGAAAAGGGGACCCCCACAUUCACCACCUUCGUCGACAACGGACACACCGACUUGCAAUGGUUCAGAGUCGACGAAGGCAACAGAAGAGAGAGCAUCAGAUGGAAAACCGAGAUUCGAGGAGAAGUAUACCGGACUUAGCUUACCUCCUAAAGCAGAGAAGUAUAGAAUGCGCAACAGUCUUGCAGACAGUGAAGCGGCUCUUCCUCCAUCAAAGCGACUUCAUCGUGCCUUAGAAGCUAUGACCGCGUGCGUCGCAGAAGCUGCUAAAGAAGAAACUGCUAGGGAUGCAAAGCUGGAGGAACCACCUGACAACGUCAGCCAGAAGUCCGAUUCUACUGAGCAGACGAGAUUGAGUGAGGGGGUGGUGGUCAAGAAUUGUGUCGCUGAUGACGCUGAUAAGCUACAGGAGGUCACCGUUACUUCUAAAGAGUUUGUGGACAAGGAAAUGGACCCUGCGUCGGUUGGCCUGGGCAGUGAAGAUCUACAGCAAUCAGAAGUCCUCUCGGUGACCAGUAUCCAAGUUUCAGUGAAGGCCGAAGUUACUCAGGAUACCCCCGUCAGUCCCGCUGUUCAAGAAGUUGUAGAGGUUGCAGAAGAACUGGUUGUAAAGGCAGAGUCGGCUAUUUCAUCUCAAGCUAAGGUUCAGGCAAGUCCAUCCGGUAACACUCUCGGGGAAGACAGAAGGGAUGUUGAAACAGGACCUCCUUCUGAUGCUGGUGGAACUCAGAUGGACAAUCCAGAGGAUAGGACUCCCUUGUCUUCUGCAUUGUCGCCCGUCUCCAUGGAUCUUUCCGAGGGCAAGAGUGACGUAAAAGCUGGUGUUCUGGAGUUUGAAUCGAAGAGUGACGAGCUUCAAAGCACCGCGGAAAACUCAGAAGCUAAAACUCCAAGUAUGGCUGACAUGAAGUAUUCUCCCGUGUCUCCGAGGGCGGAUGACGGUGAGAUUGCUCGAUUUCACGCGGAGUCUCUAGUCCGAAGGGACGAGCCUGUUAGCAAAGGUCGUCUGUCUAUUGAUGGGCAAGGAGCUCCGAAAGAAAGAAGGCAGCCGGAGAAGAACUCGCCGUCUGCAUGGUGGGGGCGUUCUUCACACUUGUCGAAGUUUCACAGAGGAGAGGACAAGCGGAAACUGGAAAACCACUUUGAGGUUUCUUUAUAUCGAAAGGAUGGUGCUCUUGCGAAAACAGCGCUAGAGAGGCUACAGAGUAUGUCUCCAGCGAAGAUCUCUCCCGGAAGUAUGAGAUAUUCUCCAGUUUCUCCGGCACUUCGAGAAGAAGGAAACAAAGUGCUUUUUGAUCAUGCUGUUACGGUGAAGUCUUCACGCGAAGGUGGCACCAAGGUUCAGCUUGAGAAGCUUGAUACUUCUGGACGUGGCAGUCGGCACUCUUCAAAGCCUGGAAUCUCCGAGACUUCUCCCGGUACAACGAAGGCUAGGGGCCUUUCUACGGACAAACCAAAAACUUCGAACUCCAAAAUGAGGAGGCAUUCUCCGGUGAGACAUGGAACGGAAACCUCCAGUCUCGUUUCAGAAAGAGGUACGACUGAAAGCCACUCCGGUGAAUCUUUAGCGAGUGAAAACGAACACACGUCUGCGAGAACAAGCUCUUUGAGAACGAAGGCCGCAGGACAUCAGGAUUCAUUCAAGCUGAAUGAUAUUUCAGCGUCGAAGCUUCAUAGCGACAACAACGUUCGGAAAGCGUAUGAAGCUGCCAAGGAGCUGAAGCAGAAGCUGGCGUCAAAAGACGGUGAUACAUCCACGUCUAUGAAGUAUAUAAUGGCAGCAGUUCAGUCCAAAGUACCAGGACCUGUGACUCCGAUGGAUGUUGGUACCGGACCUGAAAUUGUUAUGGAGCAGGCCUCUGGAGCGAGCAAAGAUUUACCUUCUCUGCCGACUGCUAAUGAUGAAGCGGAAACUGCGAGGAAUGUCUUUGAGGGGUUACUGGACAAUUUGUCUCGCGCCAAAGAGAGCAUACAUUGUGCGACACGGCAGGCUAUAGAUUGUGCUAAGCUCAAUCUUGCCGACCAGGUAAUCGAUAUCAUAGCGAAGAGAUUGGAAGCGGAACAAAGCUUAUCCCGGCGCAUCGACUUAUUCUUUCUUGUGGAUUCCAUUACUGUGAGUUCACAUAAUUUGCGAGGUACACCCGCUGGCGUGUACCGACACAUUGUACACAAUGCCUUACCCCGGUUGUUAAGCUCUGCAGCACCACCGGGGAAUUUUGCUAGGGAAAACCGUCGCCAAUGUUUAAAAGUGUUUAAACUCUGGCAUGAACGAAAUGUAUUUCCCCCGACUGUCAUACGGCACUUCAUGCGCGAGAUUGAGCUACACAAUUGCGACAGAGUGCUUAUGAAUAUGAGCCGACGGCCUGCUAGAAACGAACGCCCCGUCGAUGACCCCAUACGAGAAAUGGAAGGAAUGCAAGUCGACGAGUAUGGAAGCAAUGCGAGCUUUACGUUACCUGGUGUCAGUAUCCCGCGUAUGUUUGAAGAAGAAGAAGAAGCCAACGCGGGUGGAACGGAAGCAAACGCCGGUGAAGAUUACGCAGUUGCGACUGUUACACCUCACGAUCCCGUGGAGAGACAUCGUCAUGUCCUGGAAGACGUGGACGGGGAGCUCGAGAUGGAGGACGUCUCGCCAGAGACGGAUACCUGGCAAAGGCAGUACGUUUCUCCAGCGUCUAUUCUUACAGGUCCGCCGCUCCCGAUCUGUCCCCCUCCCAGUCCGCCUCCGCUACCUUCCUCUCCGCCUCCGAGCACUCCUCCUCCACCGCCACCUUCAUCUCCGCCGCCACCACCUCAAGACGUAGCCGAUCCAGGUGCCUAUCCAGACAGCUUCUCUCCAGGCUACCACCAUGCUCGAAACGCUGUGCAGCAGCCAUCCAACGGGCCUGAAUCUUACGAGCACUACAACCCGGGUGUCUACGGUGACGAAGGCUACGGCAUGCCAGUGGAUCACGGCUACAAUUCUUACGGUGGAUUUUCAGACAUGCCACCGGGUCCGAUAUCUCCUCAGUACGACGGUCACCACGGACAUCACUACGGUGGACAGCACUAUCCGGCCGAUGGUCACUCUUACCAGGGAGAUUAUCCUUACCAGGCUUAUGGUGAAGCUGGAGGCCACUGGUCCGAGCCGUCUCCCAGGAGCCGAUACAUGCACAGCGCUCCAGACGACCACUACUAUCACUCGCACCACGAUAACAGAUAUGGGGAUCACGGGGCGGACUACUAUCACCAGAAUGGGCCGCAUUAUAUGCAAAGUCACUACGAUGGAGGCUAUUCUUCCCACGGGCGUUAUUCGUCGGGUUACAUGACGCCACCUCCGGAUCAUCAAAUGCAUCAUGGAAGCAGUGGAAGAUCGUCACGGCGGCACGGGCACUACUCCCACGACGCUGGUGGUGGCUACUCGCAUGACUAUGGCGGUCACGACGGUGGUGGAUACUCGCGGUCUCACUCACACUCGCAUUCUCACGAUGGUGGCGGCGGUGGAUACCAGCACUCUCACUCUCAUUCUCACGAUGGUGGCGGCGGUGGCUACUCCCACUCUCAUCCUCACCACGAUGGCUACUCUCACUAUCCAAACUGGCGUUGAGGUGGUGGUGGUGAUCCGAUUCGUCCAAGGUUUUGGAGGAAAAGUUUUUGGGGAAAGCCCCGCGUGACCAAUCAUGUAAAUACUAUCAUCACAGUAGCGUGUUAGCCAGUCGAAUAGUACGCAUUAGCCGUACGGUGUUUAGGCA